UUAGGGAACUGACACGAACUGGGACAGUAGAAGUAAUUUGCCACAGAAAUGGAGCGCUCUAAUUCGACUGUGGAGAUAGCUGGUCUAGUGGAAGAAUCCGAAUGGAGCACUGAAAAACUCGAACAUGAAGCAAAGAAGUGCAAAGGAAAGCACUCCAAGUUGUUGCUGCAUCUAGCUCACGUGGAGCAUGAAUCAAGUGACUUAAAGCAAUGCGUGCAGGAGCUGGCUGAAACGAAUGAUCGCUUGAAGGUCGAAAUUCCUGUAAAUUUGCGUGAAAUGUUCGAGAAGCAGACAUAUGAGAAACAGUUUGUGCAGCUGCAGAAGGAACAACUGACCAUCGAACGGGAUGGCCUGCUUUUGCAGUUGCAGCAGGAGAACGAGUGCUAUGCACGUGUGCUUCAACAAUUGGAGCAGCAAAGCAAGACAAUGACGCAGAUGAACAACGAGUAUCAGCGGGAGAUUGCCGAGUGCCAAAAGCGGCGUGGAGAAACUCAUCUUGCGCUGAAGCAGCAGGAGCGCAACCAUUCUCUCCAUAUGGAAAAGCUUAAGCAGAGGGUGCUCGACAAGAAUCUGGAGGACAUCACUUGCUCCAUUUGUCUGAGCGCCUGGCAGGCGUCUGGCGCACACCGCCUGGUUUCGCUAGCCUGUGGCCAUCUCUUUGGCGACGAAUGCAUCAGGGCCUGCUUGGAUCGUGGGCCCGAGUGUCCCAUUUGCAGGAAGCAUGCAGACCACGCUGCACUACGCUACAUCAACCUGUAA